AUGCGCAAAAUUCCAUUAGAGUUCAUCUCGUUCGUCAUCUACCGAUAUUUGAGCUGGAGGUACCCUAUCACAUCACAGAUCGAUGGUCAUCCAAUCCCGACAGUUCCUUACCAAUGGCCUAAUGGACAAGGAGACGUCGCGAAGUUCCUGGAAGGCGAGAAAAAUAGUCAAAGCUGGAGAGCGAAGUAUGGGUCAUUGUAUAGGAUAUGGAGCGGCACGACGCCAGAGAUGCAAGUUCUGCACCUCGUUGAGACGCAUACGGGUACCUCUGCUGACGAUACCAGAGUCGUGACUGCUCCAGAGGACAUUCAACACCUCUUCUUCGAUUCCGAUAAGCACAUUAAAGCCGUGAACAACGACUCCGGAUGGCUCAUGGGAGAACUACUCGGAAAAUGUCUUGGGUUGAUCAGCGGUGAAUCCUAUCAAAAGGUCAAAGCAGGAACGGCCGCUCACUUCACGCAAAAGAUUUCAACCUCCUAUCUUGCGCGGAUUCAAACCAUCACAGAUGAGUAUUUUGUGAAGCUCAGCCAGGAACCCCGUCUAAAGCGGCAUCUCAUAGAUCCCGUCGAGGACUUGAAAUUCCUCCCAUUCUGGAUUCUUGUCGACAUCUUGUAUGGAGAAUUAACUCCACAGUUGCGAAGCCAAAUAAAAGGCCUGGCAGUGCAACGCGAAGAGUUGUGGGCCCGGAUGAUUGAAGGAGGAGUUUCGAGAUUUUCCUUUGCCCGACAUCUUCCUAUCAGGCUUACAACAGAUCUACAACGGUUCAAGAAAGAAUGGAGGGAUUUCAACAACAGUGUGUACGAAGCAUGUGUACUGGCUCAGGAAGAUACAACGAUUGUUAGGAUGUACACUGAAGUGAAGCGCGGUGCUCUGGGGGAAGAAGAAGUGCUCCAAACGGUAGACGAGAUGCUUUUCGCCAAUUUGGACGUCACGAUGGGUGGAUUGUCGUGGAAUCUACUUUUCCUCGCAAAGUACCAGGAGACACAAGAGGAGAUUCGAGAUGAAUUACGCCGUGCAGCAAGCUCGGACACGACUGGCAGCAGAGAAGACUAUCUCAAAAGACCAUCCACUUUAUUGGCCUAUUCAAUACUGGAAUCAAGUCGCCUGAAGCCACUUGCGGCUUUCACAGUUCCCCAGUCAGCACCCACCCCCCGAACAAUACAAGGCUUCCAUGUACCAGCGAAAACAAAUUUCAUCAUCGAUACAUACGCAUUGAACAUCAAGAACCCGUAUUGGGGUCAUGACAGCGAAGAAUAUCGCCCUUUCCGAUUUUCAGACAAGAAACAGUACGAAAUGCGCUACCAGUUUUGGCGGUUUGGAUUCGGACCCCGACAAUGUCUCGGGAAAUAUGUCGUAGAUCUAAUAAUUCGAUCUUCGCUGGCAUAUCUCAUCGAGAAUUAUUGUUUGAGCUUGGCUGAUACUUCGAAUUGGGACAAGAAUCCUACUACGUGGAUCCUUCAUCCCAAGACUCAGAUUCGUUGUGAACCGUUGCGACGAUAA